AUAGUAAAGAAGAACAUAAAUGGAUCUAUCUAUGGUCAUUGAUCUUGGCUUACUGCUCUGUAUUUCAUGUCUGCUUCUCAUUUUAUCAUGGAAAAAGAACUUUGGAAAAGGAAAGCUUCCACCUGGUCCUAUUCCUCUUCCCAUCAUUGGUAAUAUAUUGCAGGUGAACCUUAAGAAUAUCCCUGACUCUCUUUCCAUGCUAGCAAAAAAAUAUGGCCCAGUGUUCACUCUGCAAUUAGGUAUGGAGCGUGUUGUUGUGUUACAUGGAUAUGAGGCAGUAAAAGAAGCUCUGAUUGAUCACGGGGACAAGUUUGCUGACAGAGGACGUAUACCAAUUCUUGAGUUCAUUAGUAAUGGAUAUGGAAUUGGGAUAAGCAAUGGAGAAAGAUGGAAGCAACUCCGUCGCUUCUGCCUCAUGACCCUGCGGAAUUUUGGGAUGGGGAAGAGGAGCAUUGAAGAGAGAGUCCAAGAAGAGGCGAAGAACGUUGUGAAAGAGUUAGAAAAAACAAAAGGAUUACCAUGUGACCCCACAUUCAUUCUUGGGUGUGCUCCUUGCAAUGUAAUCUGCUCUAUCAUUUUUCAGAAACAUUUUGAUUAUAAAGACCAGAAAUUUCUACAUUUAGUGAAGCUUUUAGAAGAAGAUAUGAAAAUCGUAAGUUCCCCAUGGAUCCAGGUCUAUAAUUGUUUUCCAUCUCUGGUACGUCAUCUCCCUGGAUCUCAUCAUAAAGUAUAUAAAAUUAUUCAUUUAAUAUAUGAAUUUAUUUUUGAAGAAAUGAAGGAACACCAAAGGACACUGGAUCCCAGUAAUCCUCGGGACUUCAUUGACUGUUAUCUGAUGAAAAUGGAGCAGGAAAAGCAACAGCCACAGUCUGGAUUUACCAUUGAAAACUUGAUCUAUACUACAAUUGAUCUCUUUAGUGCGGGAACAGAGACAACAAGCACCACCCUGAGAUAUGGAUUCCUGCUUCUCCUGAAACACCCUGAAGUAACAGAAAAAAUUCAUGAAGAAAUUGAUCGUGUGAUUGGCCGAAAUCGAAGUCCCUGUAUGGAAGAUAAAAACAAGAUGCCUUAUACUUAUGCUGUGGUACAUGAGAUACAGCGAUACAUUGACCUCAUCCCUACCAGUCUGCCCCAUGCAGUGACACAAGAUAUUCAUUUUAGACAAUAUUUUAUUCCCAAGGGUACCACCAUAAUACCAUCACUGACUUCUGUUCUGUAUGAUGAUAAAGAGUUCCCCAAUCCAAACCAGUUUGACCCAGGUCACUUCCUGGAUGAAAGUGGCAAGUUUAAGAAGAGCGACCAUUUCAUGCCUUUUUCAGCAGGAAAACGGAUAUGCGUUGGUGAGAGCCUGGCUCGGAUGGAAUUGUUUCUGUUUUUUACUACAAUCUUACAGAAUUUUACCUUGAAAUCUCCAAUUGACCUAAAAGAUAUUGAUACCACCCCAAUUGCCAGUGGCUUUGGCAAAGUACCCCCCUUUUAUGAACUUUGCUUUUUGUCUUUGUAAAACAUGAAGGACCAUCCUUAGUCCCAACUUCUCUAGGCCCUCCUCAAGUGCUAUGAACAAGCUGUAUUGCUUCAUUCCCUGGAAAUAAAAAUCCUCUGUGAUUUCAGGCCAAUA